AAUCGUCUCUCCAUCAGUAGUUCAUUGAGCUCCGCGAAGGCGUGAAUCCUGCGCCAAUAAACACUUAUUAAUCAGCUCACAACAAAUGGAGGAAGCAUUAGAGUAAACAUUCUGGGCUUGCGACAGACAGACAGACAAAACAAGGGAAACACCCAGCAGAGCUCUUUCUUUAGAGAAACCAGCGCAGAAACUCUUCAGAGGAGCUGAAAUCAGCGAUCAGGACGCCGUCAGGAUGAUGACCCAGGAUGACAUGGACUACGAGAACGACACGUUAUACUACGAAGACGAUGGCUAUGUGGUUGACAGCCGAUCUGAGGGCUACACGCAGCGGGAGACUCUCCACAUCAUAUCGGUGAUCAUCUACAGCCUGGCCUUCACUUUGGGCAUCAUCGGGAACGGGACGGUCAUCUGGGUGACCGCCUUCAAGAUCAAACGCAGCAUCAACAGCAUCUGGCUCCAGAAUCUGGCCAUCGCCGAUUUCGUCUUCGUCCUCUUCCUUCCCUUCUCCAUCGAUUACGUCCUGCGGGAUUUCCACUGGCUCUUCGGCAAGACCAUGUGCAAGCUCAACUCCUUCGUGUGCACCAUGAACAUGUACGCUAGCGUGCUCUUUCUCACGGUUUUGAGCCUAGAUCGAUAUGUGUCUUUCGUGCAUUUGAGGUGGUCAGACAAAUAUCGAAAUGUUCGUCGCGCGUGGUGGCUUUGCGCUCUGAUUUGGAUUAUAUCCUGCAUUUUCAGCUGUCCUGCGCUCGUAUUUCGGGAUGUAACCCAAUACAAUGGGAAGAUUGUGUGCUUUAAUAAUUUUCAUGAUGAGGACAGGCAUUUGAUGAAGAUGAGGCAUUUUGGGAUAGUUUUGGUUCGCACUAUUGUUGGAUUUAUUCUCCCGUUGGCUACUAUAACAGUAAGUGGGGUUUUACUUGCGCUUAAAAUGCGUCAGUCCAACUCGCUGAGAUUAUCUAGUUUCUCCAGGAUGGUUUCAGCUGUAAUACUUGCUUUUUUUGUGUGCUGGGUGCCCUUUCAUACCUUCAGUCUAAUGGAGUUGAGCAUGCACCACUCCACCGCACUACACUCAGUGCUCACCAUUGGUUUCCCACUGGCCACCAGUCUGGCUUUCUUCAAUAGCUGUGUAAAUCCCAUCCUCUACGUGUUGCUCACUAAGAAAGUGCGUAAACUGGUGAAGACUUCGUGUCUGAAGUUCACCAAGAGCUCGCUGCGAGAGCUCAGUCAGUCUGCUUCUGCCACUGAACUGGACUCAGCUAUGGUCAGCUGCGCUCCUGAAGAGCCCACGGAGAACUCCACCGUCUGAUGGACACCAGCGCAACAGGAUUUAGAGAAUGAUUCUGGAGCUCAGAUUGGACAAAAAUAAUUGGAUAUGCAAAUCAGAUUUUUAUUCUUUAUACAGUAAAUUUGCAUUUAACAAUUCAUCUAUUAUAUAAUUAUACAAUUUAGUGUUUUAACCCUUGUGUAUUGUUCAAAUUGACUAUCCUUUGGUUAUGUUGGGGGCUGUUUUUGCCUAUUGACUUCCAUUAUAAUCACAUUUGUUGAUUGCACAGCCAUGACAGCAUGUAAUCAUGUAAUUUUGAUUGGUGCUGGUUUACCCUGUUGGGAUUAAGAGGUAAAAUGUGUCAUAUCUUCUGUUGAUCAUCUGUUGUCAGUAUUAACCCUUUAGAUAAGCCUGUGCUGAAGAGUCUCAGGCUUUUAUAUGGGGUAAAACAGCAGAUUAUAGUGUGUGUGUGCAAAUAUGCACUGUGUUCUGAGAGCUGAGGCUGCACGAUUAAUCGAAAAAAGAUCACCAUCUCGAUUCAGCCCUACACACAAUCUUAAUUCAGCUUUUCUACGAUUCAGCCAAUUAUACUUUCAAGGUCAGGAGAGAAGCGUACAGGCGGUCGCACAAGUUUUCACAUCGUCUUAUAUAAAUUGCUCAGCAACAUGUAAAGUGUAGCUGUAUUAAUAAGGUAUAAUUCAACCAAAAAUGUCAUUCAUGUUUUAAUGUAAUGAUGUAGCCGCGGCCGAGAAAUCACACAUGAGCUGACGCACUGUUUGUUUACUAUCGAGAGGAUGCACAUGUGCCUGCCAAUUAGGCAUGGGCCGGUAUAAGAUUCUGACGGUGUGAUAACCUUGGAUAUAAAUAUCACGGUUUGGUGAUUACUGCUCUAAAAUAUAUAUUUUUCAAAUGAAAAAACAAAACCUUUUCCCCCUUUGAACACAAUAUAAUUUAAUUUGGGAAACAUUUAUAGUAUUUUGGAACAGUAAACAUGUCAGGCUGAAUAAUUCACUUCUGCUGUCUUCAUUUGUUUCGAAAACACAGACUUGUUUUACAAUUUUAAACGGCAUCUUUUGAUAUAUUUUCUGCUGGAGAUACUGUUGUCCUGAAAAACAAACUCAUACCUCAGGAACGGUAUUACAGAAAAUAUUAAAACCUUGACUUUUCCAAACCGCGGUAUACCUUGAAAACGGUUACCAUCCCAUGCCUACUGCCAAUGAUAUCUACUUUAGUGAACCGAACUUGCAUAUGCUGUAAAUUACAUCUAAUUAAGUUGUAAAUAACGUUCAGUUUACUGCACAGAGUGAUCGUUUCUCGGGAGCUGUGCAGGAAGUAUGAAUUGCAUAUAUGUUUAUUUUUUCUCCAAGUGACGGCAGCCAUGACAUGAGCGCACUCGGCAGUGAAAGUGAAACCAAAUAUUGCAUGUUAGAGUUAUGAUUACUAUGAGCAUUUGGUGUUUUUUCUUUCACAGUGUUGUGCGGGAAAAUAAAUGAUUAACAGAGUCAGUAUAACUACUCUAGCCUAUAUAAUGUUGAAUAUAAUGCAGGAGGGAAUCUGAUAAUGACAAAUGUUUCAUUUUAGCAGUGAAUAAUAUGGUCUAAUAGUGUUGUCAAUGACAAAUGACGAGCAUAUGUCUCAAACGUAAUAAUUCAACAUCAGAAUUAUGAAUAGUUGUAUUCUGAUGUCAUCGCUUACUGGGAAUUUACAACCAGGACGUAUUUAAGUCUGUUCGAGUCCAUAUAAAAUCUAUCAUUUUAACCAACAGUAGACCUGCACAUAGGCCUAUUAUUGUUGUUUUACCAUAUGUUUGAGAAUGACAAUAAUAAUAGCCUACUCAUAUGAACCUUUAUUUUACAUCUACAGAAUCGUGAGAGAAUCCUGAUCUUGAUUUUAAGCAACAAAAAAGAAGUGAUUCUUAUUGUAGCCAGAAUCGUGCCGCUCUAGCUGAGAGGAUUGUUUAGAUUUUUUCAGACAUGUCAACAUAAGAGUGCAAAUCAGCAAUAAUUAAGAAUUAUUUGGUGUCAUUGCUUUGCAAUCAAAAAAUGUGAUUAUAAUGGAAGGCAAUGGGGCAAAAACAGCCCCAACAUAACCAAAGAGGAGUCAACUUGUCCAGAGUGUAUUGAGUUUUUGAAAAGUUUCAAAACAUUUUCCCAAAAUCUUUGUCUAAAUAAGAUUUGUCACCAAAAAUCACUCCAUUUGCUGAAACACAGAGAACAUUGUGGCCAAAUUAAGGCUCCAAAACAGCCUAGAGUGCAUGAAAACGACCCAACGCAACUAACAGUGUUUUAGAUGACUCUUCUGGAGCUCAUAUUGGACUGAGAGAACAUAUGAAAAUCAGAUUUUAUUCUUUAUACAGUCCAUUUGUAUUUAAUUCACUCAUUUUACAUGUUGUACAAUGUAGGUUUUUAAUCAAAGCAACAAGCUGCUCGUGUUUUAGAUGAUGCUUCUGGAGCUCAGAUAGGACUGAAGGAAGAUUUCAAAAUCAUAUUUGAUCCUUUUUACAUUAAAUUUGUAUUUAACAAUACACUAGUUUUAUAUGUUGUACAAUUUAGGUUUUUAAGCAAAGCAACAAGCUGCUCGUGUUUUAGAUGAUGCUUCUGGAGCUCAGCUUGAACUGAAGGAAGAUUUCAACAUAUGAAAAUCAGAUUUGAUCCUUUUUACAGUAAAUUUGUUUUUUAACAAUACACUAGUUUUAUAUGUUGUACAAUUUAGGUUUUUAACCCUUGUGUACUGUUCAAAUUGACUCUCCUUUUAUUAUGUUGGUGACUGUUUUUCCCCCAUUGACUUCCGUUGUAACCACAUUUAUUGAUUGCAAAGCCAUGCCGGCAUAUAAUCACAGCAACUGAUGAUCAACAGAAAAAAUGAAAGAUUUUGCCCCAUCCCAACAGGGAAAACCAGCAACGAUCAAGAAUUAUAUGGUUUUAUGACUUUGCAAUCACAAAAUGUGAUUAUAAUGGAAGUCAAUGGGGCAAAAAUAGCCCCCAACAUAAUGAAAGGGUAGUCAAUUUGCCCAGAGUGUACUAUUGAAUUAAAAGAAAAAAAAUCAGCCCAGAGUGGAUGAAAACAACCCAACAGCACACAAGGGUUAACCAACAAAACAAACUACAUGUGUUUUAGAUGACGCUUCACAGAUUUUAUAUGGUGUACAAUAUAGGUUUUUAAUCAACAUAACAAGCUGCUCGUGUUUUGGCGACGCUUCUGGAGCUCAGAUAGGACUGUAGGCAGAUUUCAACACAUGAAAAUCAGAUUUUUGUUCUUUAUACAGUCAAUUUGUAUUUAAUAAUUCACACAUUUUUCAGUUUUUAAAUCAACAUAACAAGCUGCUCGUGUUUUAGAUGGUGCUUCUGGUGCUCAGAUUAGACUGAAGGAUGAUUUUGACAAAGUUAAUAAGAAAAAAAAAGAUGUUGUUCUUAUCAAACUGCAAAAACGUCAUUAUUUUUAUUUGAUAGGGCAAAAUUAAAGUAAUGUGGGGUAAAAAGUACACUGCAAAAUAGCUUUUUUUCUGUCUUCAGAAAUAAUGAGUCAAAAUUAAGUGAAAUUCAGUGAAAUUUUCUUUAAUACUAGCAAAAUAAUGUAGGUGCUGUGAGCUAAGAUCGUUUUACUUAGCCCAUUGGUAGCUUAUUUUAUAAGU